AUGAUGGCUCAUCCCGAAGAAAAGCUGGACCAUCCCGAUGGUUCCGCACUUACCUGGAUUUUCGACCAUAUCCUUCGGUAUCCUGGAACAUACGAAAUUCCUCUCCGCACAAUGUAUGCACUGAAUUGCAGCAAUACGAGACAGCCGGUGCCUGGCACUCAACUUCCCGAGACAGCGUUUGCACGCCGACCGUCGUCCCCAAAAUCCUCCGCCGCCGAGGACCUUCGAGCACAAUUGACCCACCAAAUCUCCCGACUACCAUCUCAGCCAUGCUCGUUGCCGCCGAGCUUUGUUACUUCUUUUCUACGCCGCUGCUUUUCUCCCCAGCUCGAGGAUGUCGACUUUCCUCAGGCCUUAACUGGUUUGGACUACCUCAGAGACCUCGAAACUCGACGGAAGAAGGAAGUCGCAGCGGCCCUGCAGAGACUGGGACUCCAUCCAGAAAGUCCCCAGCACGAUGCGGAACUCUCAAAGAAAUACCCGGGCGUCAUGACUUGGAUUGAAUCUAUCAAAGCCAAGGGCGCCAGGGUGGAAGCUCUCUACACGCAGAUUUACAUUGGCUUGCGCCGAUGGACUCUGCUGAAUGAGAUGCUCAUGGAACCUAUGAACAAGGCGAACUGUAUGGCUAUGCUAAACACACUCUUUCCACCUGUCACCGAGGCUACCGUCACUCCCACCCCACAUCUUACCCCGCACAUCCUCAAGUCUCAACGAGACGGCUUCUUCCGAUACAUCUCCCAUAUCGAGACCAACGGCAAACAUAUCCUUGACAAGGUCAUUGCACAGGGCGCACCCGAGGGUGAAAGCACCGGGUGGCCUCUGGUACGCGACGCCCUCGACAAGUACCUCCGAACCACCAACGAAAUAAUCGACGAAUGUGCAACGAUCAACGGCCCCGCUAGCUUGGACGAGGGACUAGGGGCUACCUCGUUUCGAGGGCAUAAAGGCCGGAAGGCUGAUUCAGGCAUUAGCUUUGGCUCAAUACUUGGAGAAACUGCCCCGCCUUCCAUCGCUAGCAACAUGAGCUCCGAAGAUCUCUCCGAGAAACCGCUGCCACCUUCCCCAAGAGGGCACAAACUGGGUGGCUCUACGCUUGAGCGGCUGGCCCGCGAGCUGCGGAAACUCGGUGAUGGCGGCAAAGCCAAGGGCAUCCGGAAGAUGAAAUCUACCAACACUCUUGGCCGCACCGAGACGAUGUCCCCUACCAACGAAGGAUCUUUCUUCGAACUCGACGAACAGAAGCGAAGCCGAUUAGCCUGGGCGCACUCCAAGCAUUCGAGCGGAAGCUCAUCACGAUUUGACUAA